AUGGCUGAUGAGCUGAACCAGCGCUUCCAAAAGGGAAUCAUCGUAAAACUCUUAGCCACGCGGCCAGGAGGUAUUCACAAGACUGGUUUCGAUAAAAAAGUUUCGCAAGUCUUGGGUCUCCGGCACCGGCAGCAGCCGGAACAUGAAGGCUAUCUGAGCUUGGGCUGGAAUUUGGACGAGUGGCCAAGGUGCAAAAACCACAGCUCGGGCCAUGGAAUCGCAGGGAACUGGUUUACGUCGGCCUCAUUUGUGAAUGAAGAACUUGCAAGUCCAUACCGACCUGGUGCAACGGACGACGAGUUGCGUGAAGCAGGAACAUCCUUGUACGGCUGCAACCGCUAUGCUUGUGGGAGGACCCCGGAAUCCCAUAAGAUCCUUGCCGUGUUCCAGCCCAACCCUAUCGUGGGUUGUGCCUUCAUCGAGGAUGCUGGCACGAAUCAGGCAGGUGAGUUCACUGGUUGCGCGGAAGAUUGGCGAGGCUCGACCGGUUUGGAAGUAUCCAGGUGCUUGAAUUCGCCGGAUGACUGCACUUUCAAAAUGCCUGGUUCUGAUCUUCGAGGAGGCCAUGGUUCUUGGCGCGUGGACCGCAAGUUUCUUCCCCCGAAGCUCGACUUUAGUGGCCGCUUCGACCCAGAUGCGGCGGGCUUGAAGAGGUUUGUUGCAGAUCAGAAGCACUUCAACCCGAAGCCGUCUCCCAGCCAAGUGGCAGCUGGAGUGCGACAUCACAACCUUGGAUACAAUGAGGUUAUGGUGCAAGUGGGCACUCCGGCAAUGCUCUUCGAAGAGAUGCAGAAGAAAGGCAUCCAAAGAAGGUUCAACAUGAAUCAGCUGCGGCUCUGGCAGUGCAGAACAAACGGCCUCGCUGCAUUUGCGCGUGUGCAGCCUCCGGCUCCACUGGAUGAGCAUGGCCGGCAGGUGGAGAGUUGUCGCCACGAAGUCUUCAGCAAGAUGCGAGACAGCUACGACAGGGCUUGCGGUCGAGCCGAGCCCACGCCCAUCCUGUUCUUCGAUUUGGAGGCAUACGUUUCAUCCCCUGUCCCCAAAGAAGCUUUUUUUGGAAAGCCGAAGCCUCUAAACCUGGACAUGGUAACCUUUUUCUCCAAGCAGUUUUCGUAG